UUUAAUAUCGCUGUUGUCGGAAUGUCAAAUCUAGCUUUAGACCACUCUUCUCUUCUCCACAAGGACGAAAAUGGCGGUUUUGUUUCAAAUCCCUCACUUUAUGCCACAUGAAGCUCUCUUUCUCCAUUUACUUGGUUGCCCAAAUCCUCUUGACCUCACUCAUUCCCUUCGUUACCGGAACACACUCGAGUUACCGUACAGUUGAAUAACGUACAAGUCAUCAAAAGAAGGAAUGGGAUUGAAUUGCGCCGUGAUGAGGUAUCUGUGUUCUGAUUUUGUUUUGGUUUUGAAAGAGAAUGACAAAUUCAAGUUUCCUGGUGGAGCUGAUCAGUACUUGGAUCAGAAGAUCUCAAAGGUUAAUCGAUUUCAAUGAAUCAUUAUUUGUAUGUGUAGCUGAUUCCUGGUAUGUAUCACCUUUGUUGUUCUUGACAUUGGAUGUGGUGUGUUCGUCGGAGGGAUCGACGAUGAGGACAAGCGAUGCAAAAGAGUCUGAAUGUGGAUUUUCCAACUCGUGGGACCACAUAGUGCUUCUGCUGCAAUGUCAUCUUCAACUCUUCUCCUACCUUCAAAAGCUAUUAGUAAGCCAAAACUGUCCCAAGGUUCAAGUAUGUAGUGGAUUAAAAACAUCGUUUGUUUAGCAUUUUAGACCCCCAAAGUCGUCAAAAAUGUCUCAACAUUCCAGUUCUAUCCAUGAGAUGAGCUUCUCGUAUGAGUUGUUUGUGAAACUUAUUGUGAUACAAUUACAGCCAUUUGGCCUUGUGAACUUAGGGAACAGUUGUUAUGCAGAUGCUUUCCUUCAGUGCUUGGCAUUGACUCGGCUGCUAAUAUCAUACCUUAUUAGGGGAUUACACUCUAAAACAUGCGAGUGAAGAAGCAACAGUCUCUGUCCCACAGUCCAAAGACAAAAACAUCAGGUUUCACAGUCGCAACCGGGCAAGGAUCUCCAUCAGAUUCGCCUGGAACUAAUCGCUGGUUCAAACCAGAGAUAGAUGCUCCAUCACCAAUACGAUCAAUCCAGAUAGAAGAAAAAGCCAUGAAGGAUCUGCGCCGCUUCUACAGCAGCGUGAAGGUAGUCAGAAACCAGCCUUGAUGAUGGAUCUGUUAGAACUUAGAACCAAGAACCUCACGGUGAAAAUGAAGUUGUUUGAUGCUCAUUGUCACCUCCAAGACAAGAGGGUCAUCGACCAAGCCUCUCAGCUCAUAUCUGCUGCUUUUAGCUGUCGGUGUAACCAAUUUCGCAGUCAAUGGACCUCCGAGAAAGAUUGGGACUUGGUGAAAGAGAUGGGAGAGAUGUAUCCUUCUGUUGUACCUUGCAUCGGAGUACAUCCUUGUGAUACCGAUGAAAUUGGAGCUGAAACUGAAAAUUUUCUUGUGGAUGCUAUAGAAUCUUCUGAUUCCUCUCUACUUGGCAACGAAACUGCAGGAGGUACAAUUAAUCACUGGGGCAAUUGCUGCUCUAUGCGUGAGUUUGUUGGGUUCCUUUUUGGCUCAGCCACGAACUCAAGUACCAGUGAAAAGCACAAUAGCUAUUGGCGUGCUUGCCGCUGCGCUCGCAUUUUUCAUGGAUGUUGCACAGUUGUCCGAGAUGCCUGUGUGCUAGUUCUUAGAUAUGUGCCACCAGAUGGAGUUCCCCUAUCAUCACAUUGGUCUUCCCGGUUCAAUUAGAGACUGUAUUAACUAGAAGGAGCAUACAUGCUUCUUUAUGCAAGUGACCAUGGAGCUGCGCUUGGGGAGAAGGAACCUUUGGGUGGCCAUAUGAGGUAGCUGAAAAGGUAAGUAGAACCUUUGAUUGAUUUCUCCUCUUUUUGCUCUCUAAUCUUUCCCGUUGGGAUGUUGAGAAAUCAUGGAAAUUGCCAGAAAAUUUCUGUCCAGAAUUUACUGAUUCCACUAGAGAAAUUAGAAUUAGAAUUGGUUUUGAAAUUAGAAUUGAUUUCGUUCGGUUUGCGUUGGAAUUAAUUAAGAAAAAAUAAAAAGUCAGGCACGCGAGGCUUUUUAAAAAAGGAGCGAGUGUGUUUCAAAACAGGCCAUUUGGUGGGUUUACACCCACGGAAAACGGAGACACGCGCUCAACUCGCGAGUGGUGAGAGUGGGCGUGAAAUCGCGCGAUGGGUGAGAGAGGGGUGUGACAUGGAGCCAUCUGAUUGGCUAAUAUAAUGAAAAUAGUAGAGAUGUAGCUCCUACCUUCCUCCUCUCAUAAUAACUUUUAUUACUUCUUCACUUUUCGUCUUCUAUCUUUGUGAAUAAACAAGCUAUGAGAUGAUUACAAAAAAAAAAACUUUUAGACAAAAUUUUGUCUAGUUUAUAUUAUUAGUCAGCUUGAGAAUGAAAUUAAGAUUUCUUCAAUCUGAAAGUUCAUGUUUUUAGAUACAAUUGAGAGUCUUAUUCUCAGGUUUUGGGUUAUAUUGAAAUCCUUCAUGUCACCAAAAGAACACAAAAUUUUGUGAAUUUGUAUUGUGGUAAUGUUUCAUUAUUAUAAACGAUUUUGUUUUCAUAGAGUAAAACACACAACUUUUUGGAAAGUGAUUUGACAAUACUUUGUUUAACUCUCUUGAUAACAUCACUUCAUUUUGACCACUGUGGUCUUAAAAGGGAUUGCUCACAAACUGUUUUCUUUUUUUCAUUGUUACAGCAUCUUAAUAAUCUUCCAUUUCUUUUUAAGAAAACAAAGAUUUUUUUUCUUCAGUCCUCUGUUCUUGAGUUUGUUGUACCUGUGAGUUUGUUGUUGCUCAACUCCAAUACAUUUCAGGGAUAGUGUUUGCGGGAUUUUGCCAGAGAGGUUAUUGUGUGAAAGGUCUAAGAUCUCUACCUUCUCAAGAUUUCCAAAACUUUGUGGGAUCAAUCCAGAGAUGUCGUUGUAUGAGAGGUUUAAAAGCUUUAAGCUUUUGAGAUUGCCUAAAGAAUAUGAUAUUUCUCCGAAUAGCUUGUUCUUGGAGAGGUCUAUCAGAGUGUUGAGGUAGAGGUUUCUGUUGGCAAGACCUUGCUUUGAAUUCUUCCAGUUCACUGCUAAGUCGUGUGUUUCGAUAGUGAAGCUGUACAUGAAAGGCAAAGGCAAAGACGAGCUCGGCAGAGAUUCUUUCAUGCUUGUGAGAUUCCCAAGAGAUGAAGGGAGAGAUCCAUCAUCAAGAUUGUUCUCUGAGAGAUCCAAGACCUUGAGACUUGUGAGAUUUGAUAUGCCUUCUGGGAUUGAACUUUCGAGGGAAUUGUUUCGCAGGAUAAGUACUCGUGAGAAGAAGACAACCGGGAUUUAAAACUCGGACGUUACCGAAGAUUUUGUUGUCAUGAAGAUCAAGAUAAAUCAAAGAUGGGGGAUUGGUGAAGUCUUGAGGGAAUUCGCCGCUGAAGUUGUUCUGAAUCAUUGAGAGCAUUAUGGUGUUUGAUCCAAAAAAGGCUGGAACAUCCCCAGAGAACUACUCAUUGGAAGAUAUAUCGAGUAACGCAAACAAUGACUCGGGGUCGAACGUUGGGAAGUCACCUGGUAAUCUGUUCUUUGACAAGUCAUGCUUUUAGCUCUUCCUGGUUCCUUGAACAAGUAUGAACUUUUGAACCCAACUUUGCUAGUAACCAAUAUUAUAUGUUUCUAAUUUCUAAAUUUUUAAAAGUG